CGGGAAAAUAGCUAUCUUUGUCUUUUUGUUAUUGCUUUUUAUUCGUGAUUCGUGAAAUUAAAUAAUAUUAAUGUGUCUAAUAAAUUGUGUGUGAAGUUUUACAUCGGUGAAAACGAUGUGUUCGGAGUCUUUACCGAAGGAGUUUGAAAAGACCACAGAGGUCUUACCCUUCCCGAAAUAUGGGCUAUCAUCGAUGGAAGAGUUCCGGAAGGCUGAGGAGGAGGUCCACCACCACGAAUGGCUGAAGAAAGCUGGUCUCACCAGUGAAGAAAUAAAGCUGUACCAAGAGAAUGAGGCGGGGCUUCUAGACCAGCGUAAAAAGAUCGAGUCUGGAGUGCUGAAGGAUAAACUCGAAGAAAUAUACAAUAAAAUCAAUAAUACUCACAAUGAAACAAAAAGCCAUACAGUAACAUCGCAAACUGAACAGCCAAGCACAUCAUCCACUCCUGAAAAUCUCAUAGAAAGACUUCAACAGAAGCCAAUCACAUUCUAUCCGGAAGGUCAUCCAAUGAAUGAGUUGAAACAGCUUGAGGGAAACCUCUUUGGACAUAUGAAAAAUGAUAUAAUGCCACUUACUAAGAGACGUAAACUCCUACGUCGCUUGCAGAGGAAGAAAGAGAGACUGCAGCAUGACAAUCCUUUCAACAUUGCUGCGAUACCAAGCACAUCCAGAGUAGACCGACCUGGUAGUCUUUGGGAUAUGAGGGAGAUGCCUCGUUUGAUUCCGCACACAAUCACUAGCAAAGACCAGGAGGCUAACGCAAUGGGUCCGCAUUUCCGAGCUAUGUAUACUGUAAGGAACAACAAAAUUCUAAGGCUGGAGCCUGUGCAGCGUGAGCAGGAGGAGUAUAGGGCUGUGGACAUUGUGAUGCCGAUCAAUGACGCUGAAGCAAAUUUGUUGGAAGGGACGAAGAUGACUGUGGAUGACAUCAGGAAGAUAGACCGAUUCAAGGAUUGGACACCUGGUACUCCGUCAAAGGUGCUGUACUUGAAGAACAUAGCUCCGACAGUGAGCCACGAGCAGCUGUCUCUGCUGUUCAACCAGUUUGUGCUGGCUAACGGUGGCCCCGUGGACGUCAGGCUGAUGACCGGCCGCAUGCGAGGACAGGCGUUCGUGUCCUUCCAAUCGGAAGAAAUAGCUAUUCAGGCCUUAGAAGAGGUCCACGGAACUAUACUGAGCGGAAGACCAGUGAUCGCAGAAUUUGGGAGAAAUACCAACAGCAUCCAGGACGACUUCAGAUAAAUUAAUCGUAAGAGCAUAGUACUUCACAGCUAUACAACCUCUAGCGUAUGAACACGAAUUUCUUAGAAGUCUGUUCAUUUAUUCGUCCCUACAUAAUCUGUGACAGAAACAAAGAAAAAAAUGGCGCGCUUUUUUAGAAGACGUCAAACUUUUAA